AACCCCCAGUGACCCGGAUGUACAAGCGGGGCCUGUUUUCUCACCGCAGCCUCCUUCCUAUAGCCCGGGUUGAGGAAGUAAAUUUCGCUGACAGGGCUGGGUUCAGAAAGGGAGAGGCGAACAAAACAUCUUCCGCGGGGUACUAAGUAUAAAUAAAAACGACAAGAGACCAGAGAAGUACGUUGGCAAAUCACCACAAAGCUAAGGUGUACAGUCAUCGGUGAUAUCGAUCCCCGCUGAGACCGCCGCAGAAAUGAAUGACCAGCAGCUGGACUGUGCUCUGGACCUGAUGAGGCGUCUGCCUCCUCAGCAGAUUGAGAAGAACCUCAGCGACCUCAUUGACCUGGUACCCAGUCUGUGUGAGGACCUGCUCUCCUCGGUUGACCAGCCCCUGAAAAUUGCUCGGGACAAGGUAGUGGGGAAAGACUACCUGCUCUGUGAUUAUAACCGAGACGGCGACUCCUACAGAUCCCCGUGGAGUAAUAAGUAUGAACCCCCUAUUGAAGAUGGAGCCAUGCCUUCGGCUCGCUUGAGAAAACUCGAAGUCGAAGCUAAUAACGCCUUCGACCAAUACAGAGACUUGUACUUUGAAGGGGGCGUGUCCUCUGUGUACCUGUGGGACUUGGAUCACGGUUUUGCUGGAGUAAUUCUCAUUAAAAAGGCGGGGGAUGGAUCCAAGAAGAUAAAAGGGUGUUGGGACUCUAUCCAUGUGGUGGAAGUGCAGGAGAAGUCCAGUGGUCGCACUGCUCACUAUAAACUCACCUCCACUGUCAUGCUGUGGCUCCAGACGACCAAGACCGGUUCUGGCACCAUGAACCUGGGUGGCAGCCUCACAAGACAGAUGGAGAAAGAUGAGACGGUUGGAGAAUCUUCACCCCACAUCGCCAACAUCGGCCGACUCGUUGAAGAUAUGGAGAACAAGAUUCGCUCCACGCUGAAUGAAAUCUACUUUGGGAAGACCAAGGACAUCGUAAACGGCCUAAGGAGUGUUCAGCCUCAGGCCGACAGGUCGCAGAAGGAGGCUCUAAAGAACGACCUAGUGAAGGCGCUCAAACUCAAACAAAACCCGUAGAGAUGCUCCCACUUUCGCUGAGUGUCAUUCUCUCUGCGUCUCUUCUGCCAUCUUUUUUGUUGUUUCUUCACGUCUCUCCCUCCGUGCCGGUUUCAGUGCUACAUGUGUUUGUUUGUUAACAAAAAAGGAAAAAAUGCUUAGCUUUCUAUUUAUGGUUGUUUUUGUUUGUUUCCACAAAGCCAUUCACUCCCUCUGUUUCUUUGCUCUCUGCCGCCCAUGUUAUUGACAUACUAGUAUUAUCACAGUUAAUGAUAAUCUUAUGUUGUAGUCAGAGUCCCUGAUGCGUUCAGUCAGAUGUCCCCACUCUGCUGAGGAACCAGACCCAGACGGUUAGUCACAGUGGGCGUGACCGUGAUGUCAUCAGCUCCUGUGUUGUCUCCGACACCGGUCUGAUAUAUAGAAGUGUCAGUGAUUGAUUGUCAGCCUUCCAGGUGAUGUAAACAGAAGGGCGGCCUUUUUUCUUUCUGCACAACCUGGUUUUUACACUUUGUGUCACUCUGUCUGCAUGCCUGAGAGCUGAGUGGGAGCAUGGGAUGGACUGUUAAUAUCACCCAUUUCACCCCCACCCCAAACAUAAACAGAGUGUAACAGGACAGUUGCUUCCCCUUGUGUUCAGCUCUUCUCUGUACUGUCUUUGUUGGGGGUCACAGGUUUUUAUUUUUGUUGUUUUUGUCUCAGUGGAAACAUUUGGGUUGUUUCCAUUUUGGAGGGGAAUCUUUUGUCUUUUUUGUAAAGCUUACAAUUCAUAUUGUAUUAGAGCCUCCAGCAACAAUAAAAACUGUAAAAAAUG